GGCGUGCUAUUGGCAAUAGUAAAUAGUAAAACUAGUUUAUGAAUAUUUUGUGCAUUUCAUUGUGUUAAAUAACAUAAUACACUCAAAUGUAAAAGUACUUGAGUUAUUGCGAAAAGUAAGUUCCGUAUCACUAAAGAGAAGACCGUUGUGUAAGUAUUUGAGGAAGUUUGAGUAAGCUUACAGUGAUUCACCCAUAAGGUUAUUACCAACAGCAAGUCUGGUUUAAUUCCGGGUUAAACUAUUACAUUUCGUUUUUGAGUUACCAAGAUCGCUGCUACAAGCCGCGAAAAUAACUUAUAUUUAACAUGAGUGUACUGCGGAGAGUUGUCACGAGAACUGGAAGGUUUGUUAUACAACCCAGCGUGGAGUUCAUGGGAGCGCGUUGCUUUGCGUAUACCGGGCCGAUCAAACGACUGUUUCCUCGGGCUAGUUUUAAUCAAAGCCGGUCAUGGUGCUCCGACAGGCCCGCAGAUAAUCUGCAUGAAGUCCGUCUGAAUCGACUUGAAGGUGAAGACAACGGUAUAGUUGAAGUGCUGAUGUGUCGUGAGAAGGCACGUAACUCUCUGGGCACCGUGUUUGUGAGUCAGAUGAGAGAGUUGGUUUCAUCAUUACACCAUGAUGCAGCAGUUCGUGUGGUGCUCUUUAGAAGUUUGGUCUCUGGAGUCUUUUGUGCAGGCGCAGAUCUUAAGGAGCGAGCUCAGAUGAGCAACUCUGAAGCAGAACACUUUGUGCAUGGCCUACGAUCAUUGAUGAAUGACAUUGCUGCACUGCCUAUGCCGACCAUUGCAGCAGUGGACGGCUUUGCUCUGGGGGGCGGACUGGAGUUGGCAUUAGCAUGUGACAUACGUACGGCAGCACAUUCUGCGCAGAUGGGCCUGAUUGAAACAACGCGAGGAUUGCUUCCAGGAGCUGGAGGCAGUCAGAGGUUGCCACGGACAGUGGGCUUUGCAAUCGCAAAGGAGUUGAUUUUCACCGGCCGGCGAGUUGGAGGUGAACAAGCUCUGAAAUUAGGACUGGUUAACCAGUCUGUGCCACAGAACCAGACAGGUGAUGCAGCCCAUCAAGAGGCUCUCAGUUUAGCUCGAGAGAUUCUGCCUCAGGCCCCAAUUGCAUUGCGGAUGGCUAAAUUAGCAAUGAAUCGUGGCGCUGAGGUGGACAUCACUUCAGGAAUGGCCAUUGAAGGAAUGUGUUACGCCAGGCUCAUUCCAACACGGGACAGACAAGAGGGAAUGACGGCGUUUAUAGAGAAGAGACCUCCAAGAUAUAUCGGCGAGUGAAUAUUCAAGUCUCCUAUGCUGUAUACACUAAUGCAAUAUUUGCUAACUAGCAGUUUUAAAUCUCUCUGAUCAUCACCUUCUUUACUGACAUCAGCAUUUUUCUGUAUGAGAAAUUAACAUUUUUCUGAUUUUGUAAAAUUGAAAAAAUAAAUACAUU